AUGCGAUGGAAACAGAGAAACUCCAUGGAGAAAGAGGCUGCCGAGUCGUAUGACGAAUGGAGCUCGACUACUCUAAGAAGAAUAAGAGAAGCCUCCCCCAUUGAGUUUAAAAGUUAUCUUACGAUCUAUAGAUUUGAAACUCUCGAUAAAUGUCUUGUACGCGAGUACCGUGUGUCCCUACGUGGAAUUUCAAAGCAUGUCUCCUCCAAUUUCUUCGAGGGUGUUCGAGCAAGAAUGGUUGAUAAAGAUUUUCCACCAAAGUUUAAAGCAGGGAUGACAACGUCUACUGUCUGGAAGGCCUUUGAGUAA